CGCUCUCCUCGCUUCGAUCCCAACCCCUCCGGACUGUCGUCGUCAUCCCCACCCACCAAUUCGCAAACUCCACCAAAAAUGUCGACCACAGGCGUCUACCACGGCUCCUGCCACUGCGGUAGUAUCAAAUACCAAAUCCGUCUGACCUUCCCACCCUCUUUAACCGACAAGGAUCCAGCGGCAAAGACUAUCCGCAUCUACAAGUGCAACUGCAGCACGUGCCAAAAAAUGGGCUAUUUCCACCUAAGGCCAAUUAAUGCAUCCGACGAUUUCAUUCUUACCUCUCCUUCUACAAUCGAAGAACUCGGCGACUACCGCUGCUUCGACAGGAAAGUCGGAUGGUAUUUUUGCAAGACGUGCGGUGUGCGUACGUUCGGCCUUGGUGGGGAAUGGGAGCAGGUAGAACUCGAUGUCGAAAAGUGGGCUGGGAAGGAGGACGGCGAGGGUCAGGCGCAGAAAGUUUGGAAAACGAAACCAAUGGAUAUUAAGAAGGUUGUUGAUGGGAAGGAAGUUACGAAGAGUGCGCAUUACGUAAGUGUGAAUGCAGUGACUCUGGAGGCGGGGCAGGAAGGUGCCGAUUUGAGAAAGUGGCAUGAGCAGGGUUGGAUUUUUUACGUGGAUUCCAAGAAUCAUAAAGAAGCAAUGAGGUUUGGAGAGCCGCAUGAGGGUGGUAUGUACUAGCACCGGAUAACGAAGAUUUCGGCAAUAUGGGAGCUGCGGAAGCCUUUCAGGGGUUGACGUCAAAAUUCUUUAUCAAUUUAUGAAAGUCAAUGCUCCCUAAUCGCGUCUACGUCUAGGUUUCCACUACACAGGCAUCUUUUUUGACACUACGAUUUACUAUCUCAGACUACAUCGGACGACUCGGUACGACUACUACCAAACCUCACGCCUCAGGUGUUCAACCAAGGG